AUGAACGAAUGCCAAUCUAGUUUCUUUGUUAAUCGUGCUUGCGCCUUCAUAAAUUCCGGAAAUGAUCCCAUGAUUCAAAGUCAGGUGAUCGAUCAUCCGCAACUUAAACUUCCAUUCCCACCAGAAAUUAAUCCACACGAUUUAGUUAUUUUCCAUUCCGAUGGUCGUGUGCCCAGGACUCCUAAUGCCUUUAUGAUUUAUCGAAAAUUGUUUGUUGAAACUGCCCAUGCAAACGGUUAUAAUUUGCCAAUGAAUAUUAUCUCUCUAAUAGUAUCUCGAUCAUGGGAAAAAGAACCUGAAGAA